AUGAAUAUAUAUAUUUAUAUUUUUAGCAGUUCCUGUUUUGUUUAUUUUUUUUUGUUUGUUAUUUUCUAUUUUGCGGCUUUGUUCUUUUAUUUAUUUUUUUUGUUUGUUACACGCACAAAAAUAUGUUGUUGUGUCCAAUUUAUACUCUUCUCUUCCUCUUCUUCAAUUCGCGCAAUGUCCACUCUCACCUCCACUUUCGCAAUUUUCAUUUUUUCUUCAAAUAUCCACACAAAAGUAUUUAUAUAUUUAUUUUUAGAUGGCUGACAGGAAUUGUAGACAUUUGCGGACA